GUCGUCGACAACAUCCGGGCACACCACGCCACCACCCUCGCCAACGGCCACCACCAGCCACAACCGUCGCCGUCACCGCCCACUGAGGACGACGAUGGACGACGACGGAUGACGAGGACAACGACACGUCAGCAGACGACACGUCAGCGGACGACGAGGACGGCCACACGUCAAUGGACGACGACCACGUCAACGGACGACGACCACGUCAACGGACGACGAGGCGACGACUACACGUCAACGGACGACAACCAUGUCAACGGAGGAUGGCCACGUCAACCGACGGCCACGACCCACGACGUAGAGCAACCACCCCGUUGGCGAAGACGACGACGAGUGCAUACGACGACACGACAACGACGCGACACAACGGCGACGCGACGCCACGACGACAAUGCAACACGACGACGACGCGCGCCCACAUCGUCGAGCGCCCACGUCGUCGACAACGCAACACGUUGA